UUCAUUUGAAAAUUUCAGAUGCUUGAAGACGUCCCUCAAAUUUCAAGUGGUGUUCAACUCUCAAUUGUACAAGGAUAUAUGUCAAAGUUCUACAGGAGAUAUGGAACAUGGGUGGCUAGAAAUCCAAUCCUUGUGUUGUGUUCAUCAUUAUGCAUCGUCCUGGUGCUCUGCUUGGGCCUUUUCCGUUUUAAAGUUGAGACCAGGCCUGAGAAGCUAUGGGUUGGCCAUGGGAGUAGAGCUGCAGAGGAGAAACUAUUUUUUGACAGCCACCUUGCACCAUUUUAUAGAAUUGAGCAGCUCAUAAUUGGUACAAUCUCGGACGCAGAUAAUGGAAAGUCACCUCCUAUUGUUACUGAAGACAACAUGAAGUUACUCUUUGACAUACAAAAAAAGAUAGAUGCAAUCCAAGCGAACUAUUCUGGCUCAAUGGUAUCUCUGCCUGACAUUUGUAUGAAGCCACUAGGCACAGAAUGCGCUACUCAAAGUAUUCUUCAGUACUUCAAAAUGGAUCGCAGUAACUUUGAUAAUCUUGGAGGUAUUCAACAUGUUGAGUACUGUUUUCAGCAUUAUACUUCAGCAGAGAGCUGUUUGAGUGCUUUUAAAGCUCCACUUGAUCCAAGUACUGCUCUUGGUGGUUUCUCUGGUAACAAUUACUCUGAGGCUUCUGCUUUCAUUGUGACAUAUCCUGUGAAUAAUGCAAUUGAUAAAGAAGGCAACUAUUCUAAGAAGGCAGUGGCCUGGGAGAAGGCUUUCAUUCAGUUAGUGAAGGAUGAGAUCUUGCCAAUGGUGGAAGGAAAGAAUUUGACCCUUGCCUUUUCAUCAGAAAGUUCUGUUGAGGAAGAGUUAAAAAGGGAGAGCACAGCAGAUGCUAUUACUAUCUUGAUAAGCUAUCUUGUGAUGUUCGCCUAUAUAUCCUUGACGUUGGGAGAUACUCCCCGUUUCUCCUCUUGUUACAUUUCCUCUAAGGUAUUGCUUGGUCUUUCAGGAGUCAUACUUGUUAUGCUCUCUGUUCUUGGAUCAGUUGGUUUCUUCAGUGCCGUAGGCGUAAAAUCUACCCUCAUUAUAAUGGAAGUCAUCCCUUUCCUUGUCUUGGCUGUUGGUGUAGAUAACAUGUGCAUUCUGGUGAAUGCUGUUAAGAGACAGCCAAUGGAACUGCCUUUAGAGGGACGAGUAAGCAAUGCUCUUGUAGAAGUUGGACCAUCAAUUACACUAGCUAGUCUAUCAGAGGUUUUAGCAUUUGCAGUUGGAAGUUUCAUUCCGAUGCCAGCAUGCCGUGUUUUUUCCAUGUUCGCAGCGUUGGCCGUUUUGUUGGACUUUCUUCUGCAAGUUACAGCAUUUGUUGCCUUGAUUUGUUUUGAUUUUUUGAGAGCUGAAGAUAACAGAAUUGAUUGUUUCCCAUGUAUUAAAGUGUUUGGUUCAAAUGCUGAUCCUGAAAAAGGUAACCAACAGAGAAAACCUGGAUUGCUGGUACGGUAUAUGAAGGAUAUUCAUGCCCCCAUCUUGAGUCUCUGGGGAGUAAAACUUCUUGUCAUAUGUGUUUUUGCUGCUUUUGCAUUGGCGAGUAUUGCCUUGUGUACAAGGAUUGAACCUGGUUUGGAACAACAAAUUGUUCUUCCUCGCGACUCAUACCUUCAGGGUUACUUCAAUAAUAUCUCAGAAUAUCUCAGAAUUGGACCACCUCUGUACUUUGUUGUCAAGAACUAUAACUUUAGUUCUGAAUCAAGACAAACAAACCAGCUAUGUUCUAUAAGCCAAUGUGACUCCGAUUCUCUAUUGAAUGAGAUUUCCAGAGCAUCUUUAGUCCCAGAAUCAAGUUACAUCGCUAAACCGGCUGCUUCAUGGCUUGAUGAUUUUCUUGUUUGGAUGUCUCCAGAAGCAUUUGGGUGCUGCAGAAAAUUUACAAAUAGUAGUUUUUGUCCCCCUGAUGAUCAGCCCCCUUGUUGUUCACCCAGUAGUGGCUCCUGUGGCUCGAAUGGAGUAUGCAAGGAUUGCACAACGUGUUUCCGUCAUUCAGAUUUAGCAAAUGGUCGCCCUACAACUGAACAAUUUCGAGAGAAGCUUCCAUGGUUCCUGAAUGCGUUACCUUCCAGUGAUUGUGCUAAAGGAGGCAAUGGGGCUUACACCACUAAUGUGGAGCUUGAAGGCUAUGAGGAUGGUAUAAUUAAAGCAUCAGCCUUUCGUACAUAUCACACGCCUCUUAACAAACAGGUUGACUAUGUCAAUUCUAUGAGGGCUGCACGAGAAUUCAGUUCAAGGGUUUCUGAUUCUCUAAAGAUGGAGGUCUUCCCGUAUGCAGUGUUUUAUAUGUUCUUUGAGCAAUAUUUAAGCAUAUGGAGGACAGCCCUAAUUAACUUAGCGAUUGCUAUUGGUGCUGUAUUUAUUGUAUGCUUAAUUAUCACUUGUAGUUUUUGGACUUCAGCAAUUAUCUUGCUUGUGCUGACCAUGAUUGUUCUGGAUCUUAUGGGAGUAAUGGCAAUUCUAAAUAUCCAGCUCAAUGCUGUAUCAGUUGUUAACCUUGUGAUGGCCGUUGGUAUUGCUGUUGAAUUCUGUGUCCAUAUAACACAUGCCUUCUUGGUUAGCAGUGGAGAUAGAAACCAACGGAUGAAGGAGGCGCUGACUACUAUGGGUGCUUCUGUAUUCAGUGGUAUCACGCUUACAAAGCUUGUCGGUGUCAUUGUUCUUUGUUUUUCAAGGACAGAAGUUUUUGUGGUUUACUACUUUCAAAUGUACCUGGCUUUGGUUCUCCUUGGUUUUCUACACGGGCUUAUAUUUUUACCUGUACUAUUAAGCAUUUUUGGUCCGCCAUCAAGAUGUGUGCUUGUAGAGAAGCAAGAGGAUCGGCCAUCUACAUCUUCCCAAUUCUAAUCUAAUCAGGUGUUAAAGAGUCUCCUCUGUAGGAAAAUAUAUUCUUUUUGUUCAGAAGCCACGACUUGAUGUUUGAUCCAUAAGAUAACAAGCAGGAUAAUUGGUGAUCUACCUACAGCACAAUUCUGAUACAAGCUAAUGCAUUAAAACGAGCUGCCUUUUGUAUGGAUACAUAAUCUUUUCUUUUUCUCUAGAUUUUGUGGGUAGUAGAGGGAGCCCUUGAAUGUUCAUGGCUGCAUGUAUAACCUUCUGAAGAACACAUCAGAAUAGUUUUGUUAAUUGUAAAUUAAUACAAUUAUAUUUCUCUGUAAAAGAAGUAAAAAAAGAAAGGUAUAUAUACAUAUCUUUUGUUUCUCAGUCCUCAA